ACACGUUUUAUGUGUAGGACUGAAAUUUGAGUCAAAUGCAUUAAAUACAUUGUAUUCUGCUGCCACAGCUCACAGUAGUAGAAAUCGUACUAAAAUACAACACAAUAUUCUAUUCUAUCGACGAGGCGAAACAACACCAAUCUAUUACACCAGUUAAGCAUCUAAAUGAGUCUUCCACAAGAUCCACCCAGAUCAUUUUUCCCCUUUGGAAAUCCUUUCCGGAUGAUAUCACCUAAAGGCUCUAAGUUAUCUCCACAACUAGUUGCAGUGUUACGUGCUUUCGAGGAAAAUUUGGAAGAGAGGCUGAAAAAGCUUAUUCCUAAAAGCAAGGAUGAAGUCGUCAGCUUGUCUUGGAUGAUUUCUGCUAUGCAGGUGCUCUGUGAAAGUCACAAUGACAUUAAAACCCUCAUGACAGACCUUGAGCUUCCCGUGACUGAUUGGGAUGAGAAAUGGAUAGAUGUGUACUUGGACAUUAGUGUGAAGUUGCUGGAUAUAUGCAAUGCAUUUAGCUCCGAGUUAUCACGUCUAAACCAGGGCCAACUUUUACUUCAGUGCUCUUUGCUCCAUUUAGGCUCCUCCUCACCAGAUCAGCUUUUCCGGGCAUGCUCUUCACUUGAUGGUUGGAGGCAGCAUAUGAGUUCUAAAAAUCCUAGAAUCGAAAAAUGUGGCAGCAUUUUGGAUGAUCUGGUUGAGUCAUCUGAUAUGCCAAAGGUUAAAAAGUCAGCAAAAGGGAAGGUUUUGAUGGAAGCUAUAUAUGGAGUAAAGGCGCUGACAGUAUUUGUGUGCAGUGUGUCUGCUACUGCUUUUUCAGGCUCUACAAAGAACUUGAUGGAUAUGGAUGUGGCCGAUGUGUAUUCCUGGGCUCCAGCUUUUAAAGGUCUGCAAAAUCUUGUUAAUGAGGAGAUUAGAUUUAGAUUUUCAAGUGGGAGAUUUACUGUAUUGAAUGAGCUGGAAGCAGUUGAUUUGUCUGUGAGGGAGUUAUACCCUAAUAUCCAAGGUCUUGUACAUACAAUUGAGAAAGAAUCACAUGCAAAAACCGUUGAGAAAUUAGGCAGAGAAACGGAGAAUUUCUCUCAAGGACUAGAUCUUCUUGCAAAGGAGGUGGGUGGCUUUUUUCAAGUGGUUUUGGCUGGUCGUGAUGCCUUGCUAGCUAAUCUGAGGUCAGUUAUACUUGGCCAUGACCACAUCUUGGAAGUGACAAGUGAUGCACAAGUGGUCAACUGAAUAUGUUGCUGCAUAUAUCUGGUAUAUAUUUAUGAAUCUAGGUAUUGGGUUUUAUCAUUUGUGAUUGAUAAUGUUAUUCAAUCUUGUUUUAUUUAUAUUGAAGUUAUCUUUAGUAUUAAUAGGUUUUAUAGUUGUAUUAUGGAACUGCUGAAUUUGUAGUUGUGAUAUUCUGUGUAUCAAAGUACAAUAAAGUAUGUAUAAAGAAAGUUAUUUAUGGUCAAAGAGGUUGGUUAAGUUAUCACCUACUUACCUUGAAAUCUUGAGAUCCUUUUAAGCUCUUUCAGUUUUGAAGGAAAUGAUCUCAAAUUGAAAACUUAAA